AUGUGCAAUGCAGCAAUGAACGCAUGUGAAAGAGGCAGCAGCUGGUGCACAGCCUCGCUGCUUCUAAGAGAGAUGAAGCAUGAAAAGCUUUCUCCAGACUGCAUAUCAUACAGCUCAGUGAUCAACGCAUGUCAUAAGAAUAGCUUGUGGGCAGAGGCUUUAGAUUGCUUGAAAGAACUGCAGCACAGCAGCAUUUCUCCAGACAACAUUGCCUACAACUCAGCCAUUUCUGCCUGUGAGAAGGCCGGGUCGUGGCAGGCUGCUUUUGCACUUUUGGAUGACAUGUGCAAGAGGAAGCUUCCUCCAGAUUUGAUCACGUGUAGUGCUUUGACAAGUGCAUGUGAUAAGGGAGGGGAAUGGGAAAUGGCCAUGGCAAUCCUGCACCAGAUGCCCAAACUUGGGGUUUUGCCAUCCGUUGUGACUUUCAGCGCCCUGGUCAGUGCUUUGGGCAAGGGUGGUCAAUGGAAGAUUGCCAUCAGCAUUUUUGAAGAUGCACUGUCACAAAAUGUCACUCCAAAUGAGGUGCUUUGUGGAUCAAUCAUAAACACAUGUGGCCAAGCAAGCCAGUGGCAAGCAGCCUUACAUUUCCUUGCAGACAUGUUUGUGAUGAAGAUCCGCCGAAAUGAAGUGACUUACAACUCUGGUAUUGGGGCAUUGGAUGGAACACAAGAGUGGCAAAUCGCAGUUCAUCUUCUCGAACAGAUGGCGUUGGAGGUGCUCCCUGGUGUGGUCAGCUAUCAAACUGCAAUGAGUGUUUGUGGAAAGGCCAGCGUGUGGGCCAAAGCCAUUCUUCUCCUAGACUCUGUCACGAAGAGUGCGCAAGACAUGCCAGCAACUUGGACUGCUGCCAUUUCAGCUUGCAGCAGUGGUUCUCAGUGGCAAGCAGCGCUACACUUGGGAGCGCAGAUGCCAAAGGAGGACUUUGGAUGUUGUAAGUCCUAUGGCGCUGUGAUGACCGCCUGUGCUCAGCAAAAUCGCUGGCAUUUUGUCAUAGCAUUGUUUAGCGAAAUGCUCUCGCUAAAGUUUCCUCCUGACUGCUCUCAUUUCCAGACAGCGAUCAGCGCUUGCAGAAGUUGGGAGUGGAUGCUUAACUUGCUCGAGAAGUCGAGGGAACAAUCCUUGGAACUUGGGUUUGAUACAUACAACAUCGUAUUAAUGACCCUGCGCAAGUCAGGCAAAUGGGAUAUUGCUUUGGCUAGCCUGGAAACAAUUGCUUAUCCUGAUGCGACUCAUUAUGCCAAUGUCAUCCUGGCAAUGGGUGAGGCAAGCGAGUGGCGGCAAUCACUGGCCAUGAUGAAUGGCCACCAGCUGGAUGUUCGCACAGCCAAUUCGGCCAUUUCUGCCUGUGAAAGAGGCAGCCAAUGGAAACAGGUAGUUGGAGUGCUUCAACACAUGCACACGCAUCAUAUUGAAAUGGAUGCCACCACCGUGAGUGCGGCGGCCGAUGCUUGUCCCAGCUGGCAGCUGGCGAUUUCUCUCUUGAAUUUGGCUUUGCAUGACUCCGUUCAACUAAGCAUUGAAAGCUUCAAUGCCGCUCUCAACCUUUGCCAAGACUCGUGGAGAACAGCGUUGUCGAUCCUUGUGUGGCUUUCAGCUGGCAUCAGCCCAGAUCAUAUCUCCUGUGGAAGCUUUUUGAGCUCCUGCGAGCCUGAGUUUGCAGGUUGUCGAAUGGGCAUAUGGGAUCAUAUAGGUUGUCUACAGUAA